CCAAACCCGCGUUGAGCACCACAGUCUAUAUUGCGUUGUCUGCCCGUCACGCCUCCAGCUGUCUUCCUUUACUCUUCUCUAUCCUUCCACUACAUCCCUGCUUGCUUUACAAGACUGCGGACUCCAUUCUCCUCCCGGAAUUCCAAGCUGAAGCAGUAGAAGAACCAACACAGAGAGCAGAGAGAAGAGAGAAUGGAGAAAACUAGCCUUCUCCUCGUCCUCGUCCUCGUCCUUGCCACCGCGGACGACCUGGAAGCGGAGCUCCCCAAGGGCAAGGGCCACGGCGAAGACGACGAUGGAGCCGGCAUCCCCUGGUUCGGUGCCGACCCGGGCAGGUUCUUCGGCCACGGCAGCCGGUUCCACGUCCCGGCCGGGAUCGGUGGCGGGUGGGGCGGCGGCUUCGGCGGCCCUUCCGGCGGGUACGCGCGCGGUGGCGUGGUUCGGCCCUCCGUCGUCUGCUCCGAGAAGGGGCCCUGCCACAAGAAGCGGGUGACCUGCCCAGACAGUUGCUUCACCUCCUUCAGCCGCUCCGGCAAGGGAUACGGCGGUGGAGGCGGCGGCGGCAGGUGCACCAUCGACUGCAAGAAGCGGUGCAUCGCCUACUGUUGACCGCGGAGCCUCAGCCACCACGUGUCGCGGGCUCCCCUCUAGUAAUAUGGUAAUGCCGUGUAACUCUAAUGACAGUUAUAUAUAUAUAUAUAUAUAUAUAUAUAUAUAUAUGAAUAAAAGAGGGACUUAUCUUACUUAAUAA